GCUUUUGGUUGUAUUGGCAAGCGUGACAUGUAAGACUUGGCUUAAAGCAACAGUUUAAGUUAGUUUGGAGUUGUGAAAAAUUACUCUUAAAUCAACAUGAAAAGCACACUAUUUGCGAUAUGUGUUUUUGCCACACUUUUGUGUAGCACUUGGGCUACAUAUGGGGAUAAAGCGAUACUCAAGGAAAAGGAUAUGAUGAGGAAAAUAGUAUUCGAUAAAAAAACGCCAGAUGUAUUUUAUUGCCCAAUGCAGAAACCUUCAUCAAUGAGCAAAAUUAUUGUCACAGCACGACCAUUGCACAAAUUGUGUGAAUACGAGGGAAAUCCAUUGCCACCUGAAUAUAAAUCCGACUGUUAUUUGGAUAUUGAUGAAUCGGAUUAUGCAUGCAAGGAGAAAUACCGCAUUAUGAAACGUUUCGCCAAAGACGAACCCUAGUAAAAUAAACACAAAAACAACACAACCAAUUUUAACACCCUAUUGAAAACAAUUGAAACAGCAACAAAAUACAUAAAUAAUGUACAUUAUCAUACGCACCCUUCGCUGGCAGCUUUAAGUAAUUGGAUCACACGACUAAAUACCGCAAAACUUGCUGUACUUACAAAAUACAUAUACAUAUGCAAAUAUACAUAUACCUUUGAUCACAUUUACCAUACGUAAUACCACUAAAAAUAUAACAAAGUAAAUAUAUAUGAACAAUGUAAGGUAACUAAAUAUUCAAUUAUGCUUUCUGUUCAGUUUAUACUUAAAUGUAUAUUAGGCCUUAUAAUUUUUACAUUAACUUUUCAGGUAUAUAUUCAGCAUACUUUUUAACUCUCCAUAAAAUGCUAUUUACAUUUUAGAGAAUUUAAAUCGAAAAGAAAUACAAAUUUCAUUGUACGAUUUUUAACGUAUGUAAAAUCCGUUAUAGUGGGAAAGCUUUGAAUAUUUAGUGCGUUGGGGUAAAGUAAUGCAAUCCGAUUUGAUGAUGAUACAAGGACAAUAUGGUACUAGCCUUGAUUUGUUUACCAUAUAUUUUUGUAUCUCUCUACAUGGUUUUGGGGUAUCAGAAUAAAAAGUUAUAUUUUUGAAUA